AUGUCUGCGCCUAUAAAAUUCUACCUAUUGAUAAUUAUCAGUAUUCAUCUCAACACUGGAUUAAGUAUCAAUCAAAAUGAUUUGAAUUUUGCCGCUAACUUUACAAAACCAAAGAUAAUACAUUCACCUUCAGAUGUAUUUUCAACCGAUGGAGUGCUAGAAUUCACCUGUCAAGCCAGUGGAUAUCCAAAACCUCAAGUAGUAUGGUAUGACGCGGAUACAGGACAGCAAGUUAUUGAUCGUGUACCAAGUAGUGGAACAACCUCUGGUAUACAUGUCAACCAACAUUAUGGUAAGCUUUUAAUCUCAAGUCCUGAAAGAGGUAAAUUAUAUUCAUUCUACUGUAAUGCAUCGAAUUCAGCUGGAUGGGUGAUCAGCCAGCCACCAGUUCGAGGCGGUUCUGCAUACAUUAGCUCACAAUUCCAGCAGAUACCUGUAGAGAAAACUGUUCAUGAAGGCGAUAGAGUUGUAAUGGAAUGUUCUCCUCCACUGGGUAUCCCUGAAGUAAAAGUCUAUUGGUUAAAGAAUAAACACUUAUUUGCAGCUCAAAUCGGUGUACAGCCUAAAAAUAACUACUCUGUGAUAACUGAUACAAAUUCAAACACUGAAAUAUCACCUGAUGGAAGCCUGCAGAUUUCUUCUGUUACAAUUCGUGAUACAGGGACAUACACUUGUGUGGCAUCUAAUCUAGCUGGUGAACAAAUCUCUCCUUCAGCUUACCUGUUGGUCAAAACUAGAACACGUUUUCUUGAGACUCCAGUUGAUGUAAGAGUUAAGAAAGGACGUGAUGUAAAGUUGAGAUGCAGAGUUGAAGGAAAUCAGGUAGUUAAGUGGAAAAGAGGUCAUGGAGAAGAUCCAAUAGAUCCGAAUAGAGCUGAAUUGACAGAAAAUUAUCUGCUUAUCAAGAAUAUCCAAGUUUCAGAUGCUGGUACAUAUAUUUGCACAGCGCCUGGUGGUGUUGAAGCUGAUGCUAUAGUUACAGUCGAUUCGCCGCCUGCAUUCUCUGUUACUCCAGAUGACUUAACUGUUAACGAAGGAGAGAUAGCUGUUUUUCAUUGUGUUGCUACAGGGUAUCCAAUGCCAGCAAUUUACUGGGAGCUACCAGACAAAACUCCUAUUUUUCCUGGUGAUCAAACUGUACACGAAUUUCAUAAUGGCAAGCAUUACCUAACCCCUGACGGCACAUUAGAAGUCAGAGAUGUUAAACAAAGCGAUUCUGGAAAGUAUCAGUGCACUGCUCACUCAUCCAUUGAUACAAUCCAUACUAGUGCAGUGCUUCAUGUGACCGGUUUAGUUAAGAAAAAGUUGGCUCCAUCGAAAAACACCUAUUCUUCUCCAUCUGAAAACCAAGAAAAGCACCAACCUUUGUCAAACUUUUAUUGGUUGGCACCUAUAAUUGGCCUACCACCAGCAAAUCAAACUCGAAGAGUUGGUGAUAUAGUCACUUUGCACUGUGAAUUAGGGAUGACAAAAGAUUUUCCAGGGUCAUUACCGCCAACUUCUCAUUAUUCUGAAUUAUCUGAUUGGUCUAUCGGAUGGUAUAGAUCUACUAAAGAUGGGUCAGUAAAGGAAUACAUGGAUUCUUCCAGUUUUUCUAAUGAUCGACGUUACACACUGCUUCCUGGAGGUAGUCUGCAGAUUAUAGAUGUGCAAGAAGAAGACUCCGGAAACUACACAUGUUUUGCUAAAGCAGUUAUUAAACCAUACACGGACGAUCAUUUAACAUCUUUCACUCUACAGUCUAACUGGACGUCACACUUGAAUAUCGUUCCCCUAGGAUCAAUGGUCAGUAAUUCUAUAGGCAGUGAAAACCCUCUUCCCCAACCACGAAAUUUGAGAGCUACAAAUGUCACGGCAUCAACUGUCAUACUUGUCUGGGAGCCAUCAUUACCACCAAUUCAUUCGCAAGAAUUCAGUAAAGGAUAUUCUCCUCAGAUUACAUAUUGGGUAGAACUCUACAGACCUGAUCGACCAGCAGAUGGAUGGGUAGUGGUUGAACAAAACUGGCAUGCACAUACUGUCCAGCUAGGAGGCUUACAGCCGGAUACCGCCUAUUAUUUUCUCAUCAGACCUCGAUGGGACCAAGGGAGAGUUGGUUGGGCAAGUGCUCCUCUAGGGCCGAUUUUAACAUUGAAGGAAAAAACGGUGAUGCCAGAAUCAGGAGAAUUAUCAGAUGCAGAAUAUUUUCAGUCAGUUAAAGACAUCAAUUUACUGGGACUACAUUUAUAUCCUCUUUCAACCAAAAGGGUAAGAGUUAGUUGGUCAAUAACAGAAAUUCCUCAAGUUCUGUCGAAAGUAACGGGUUACUCUAUUUAUUCCAAAGAAGUUCCGUUAAUGCAGUGUAUUUCAACUAAGUUCGACCCUACUUAUUCGGAAACAGUUGAAGUUGCAACAAGAAAUAAAGGCGAUAUGUACUGUAGCCUACAACCUAACAGUCCAACUGACUCAUAUUCACUUUAUAAAAAGUUGGAGAAUAUGCAAAACCUCUAUACAACAAAUCAGAAUUCAACAGCAAAUUCUUGGACAGUGAAUGAUAUCAAGGCUCGUUAUCCUAAAAAUGAAAAGUACAGUGAAAUUCAACAUCCUGUUACAUAUCAAGAAUCAGGUCUUCUACGUGAUCUUGAAGCCUUUAGGUGUUAUUCAGUCAAGGUAAAAGCGUAUUCAUUGAAUUCAAUUAUGGGGAGAAUUGAAAGUAGCGAAAGUAAUUCUGUUACAGUUUUAACUUACGAAAGUUUCCCUAGCUCACCACCGGAAAGAAUAUUCGCUGUAUGGUUAUCUAAUACAACCAUAGAAUUAUCAUGGGAACCACCACAUGUAAAUAGCUGGAAUGGUCUAUUGACUGGCUACAUAAUUUAUGUAUACGACGAAGAUGCAAGCAAUCAUAAAAGCUUUAAUCUGUCUUACACAGAACAAAAAACUUUAAUCAAAGGACUAACUGGUAAGACGACAUAUUUUCUACAAAUGGCUGCAGUCACUUGCAAGGGAAUUGGUGUACGAAGUGUACCUAUUCAAUUAAGACCUAAUUUACGCAAGAAAGGUUUGGGCGUUGGCUGGGGCUUCGAUUUACAAACCGGUAAGCUAUUGCAGUUCAUGAAUCUUGAUAAAAAAAUGACAACAAAUCCAAUGAUCCUACUAGUAUGGUGUGCUACAGUUGCCCUCAUAACAUUCUGCUGUAGACAUCAACGCUACAGAUUUCGUAAAUCAGCGGGUAAUGUUCAUGUCACACCGAAUUCUCAACGUGGUCUAGUUACAGACGGUUCUAACAAUAUUUUCUCAAGCACUAACAAUCCAGGAACUGAAAGCAAAUGUUCCAAGAAUUCACAUCCAUCUAAAAAAGAUCAGGUUCAGAUGGAACCUCUGUUAAGACCAGAAUCACCAACUAAUGAAAAUGAUAAUAGUUUUGAGUCUAUGGAAACAGGGAAAUAUCCUGGAUGGCGACCAUAUCCUUCAAAUACUCAAAAUCAAAGUCAUUAUAGUAUUAAUACUAAUAAUCGCGACAGUGGAUCACGGAUCCUAAGUUAG